AUGGAUACGACAGAUCCAUAUUCUGCUGUACGAGCAGUUUUAGACAAAUUUCCUAGUGACGAAAGUGCGAAGGAUUCUAUGGAGCAACGUGAUAUGAAAACCCAGCGUAUGCAUGUCAAUAUAGUGAACACAGUUGAGCAGUUGAACAAUUUAAAAUCAUCUUACAGUGGACAAAUGAAUGCAAACCGCGCCGAAAAAGAACAUCUGUUACUUACACUGUAUGCAAUGGAAAUGGAUACAAAAAGAAGAAAGUUGGAUUUGAAGAAGAAAGAAGCUGAGUUAGAAGAUUUGCAGCAACUCUCUGAAAUGCGACGAAGUAUCGUUGGUGAACAAAGAAGGCAAUUUGAGUUAUUAAAGAUUGCUGAGGUGGCAAACAAAGAAAGCUGGGUUGGAGAUACUACGAAUGACCACUGA